AUGGUAAGCAAUCCAGGAAUUCGCGGUGCAGUCACUCAGUCUACCAUAGAUGCAGCUAGAAAGUAUGGGCUUGACGGUCUUGAUCUUGAUUGGGAAUUUCCAAACAGCAGACAAGACAUGACAAACCUUGCAAUGCUCUUCAAGGAAUUCUUGUUAGCUGAAUUGCCAUAUGCCUAUCCUGGUUCUGCCAUUAGGAAAUAUGUUGAUUCUCUGAAUCCCAUGUGCUCUGACUGCCAUGGUGCUUGGAACGCUGCAGUAACUGGGGCUCAUGCGCUGGUCUAUGACAAGAAUGGUGUUCCCUUGACAAAGCAAGUCAUGGGCAUGCCAGCAUAUGGCAGGACAUGGCAAUUAAAGGGCCCAAACGAUCAUGGAGCUCCCGCUGUGAGAGUUGGUCCUGGAAAUGGAGGUAUUAUGGCAUAUAAAGAUAUAGUGGACUUCAAUUUAGCAAACAAAGCUACUACCGUGGUAUAUGAUCACACAACAGUAUCAACCUAUUCGUAUACUGGAACCAACUGGAUCGGAUAUGAUGAUACCAGAUCAAUCAAAAAUAAAAUCAGGUUUGCCAAGGCUCAGGGUCUUGGUGGGUAA